UGCAGAAAAUGGCCACAGUUGGAGCAACUGCUCCACCCGUCCCCUCUGUGUACACAACUGAUGCAAACAUAUUAUAAUAUUAAUACCUCUUUAUUUACAGUUUCUCCUGAACUUUUACUAAAUAAAGAAAGUAUGUUGAUGGAUAAACUAUUUUCCUAAAUUAUGAGUGAACUUCGAACACGGUACUCUACUACAAAUGUGGACAAAUAUGACCACACAAUGAACUCUGAACAAGAUAUGAACUCAUUCGAUGACACCAUGAUGGAAGGCCACUCAGAACGCACAGCUACUACAGGCAACAUGCCAACAUAUAGUGCCAGCGACAUGAAAGUGGAUAGUUCCAGAGAAGAAGAUGACCUUGAUACACCCAGAGUCCGACUUUUUGGGCGAAGCUUUAACAGGGUUGUAAUGAUGACCCAUUUCAAUAUUUUUUUAUACUCAAGUGCUUUCUGGAUUCAGACUGCUGUUUUUCCUUAUUUAUCUAAAGAACUUGGAGCAGACCCUGUUGUGUUUGGCUACCUUCAAACUACAUUUGCUGUGGUGCAGUUAGCUGGUGGACCGGUGUUUGGCAGAUUUGGGGAUCUGUUUGGGAGUCGUAUAGCCAUGAUGCUGUCCUUUGUUGCAGCUGCAGCUUCCUACUUUUUACUUGCAGUUUCUACAAAUAUUCCAUUACUAUUCUUAUCACGGUUGCCUUCGGUUUUUAUGCAUGCUAUGCAAGCCGGACAGAUGAUUGUUACAGAUGUGUGCGUCCCCAAGCAGAGAGCAGAUGCACUGGGCAAAUUGGGCUUGUCUUAUGGUAUUGGGAUGGUUAUUGGGCCAGUGAUAGGUGGCUUGAUAGCUAAAUUUUUUAGCCUAGAGAAAGCCACUGUGGUAGCCUGUAUAUUAUCCUUGGUUAGCAUUGCCAUCACCUACAUCUAUAUCCCUGCAUCAAUAAAGAAAGCUACUCCUGCAGAAACAGACAAUAAUGUUUUCAACAUUAAAAAAAUAUUGGAGUUAAUGGCAGCUCCUGGUGCUAUUUUUCUGAUUAUUAUUAAAGUUGCAACAGGUAUUCCUAUAGGUAUAUUCCAGAGUAUGUUCAGCAUCGUAGCCCUUGAUAUGUUCAAACUGCCAGCAGAACAAAACAGCUACAUUAUGUCCUACAUUGGCAUCAUGGCUAUGAUUGUGCAGGGUGUAGGUAUUGGUGUUGUGACUAAAAGAUUCUCAGAGUUGAACAUCCUGUUUGGGUCAGCAUUUAUAUUGACUGUCUCUUAUCUCAUGUUGUCAUUUGUGACAACAAUCUGGCAGAUGUGUUUUGUUUUUAUUCCUCUGAUCACCGGCCUCACAUUCCAAAAUGUUGUUACAACAAGUGCCCUUACACACACUGUUAGUGUGGCUGACACAGGUGCCAUGCUAGGCCUGAGUAUGGCUGUCAACUCACUCAUCAGGUCCCUCUCCCCCACAGUGGGUGGCUAUAUGCUCAAGGAGUAUGGCUUUGAAUCCUUUGGAUAUUUAGGCUUUGUCACAAGUUUUAUCGUCACUGCUGUUCUAUUUGUACGGAAGAGAGCUGAAUUAGAUUAGCUGUAGAGAUUAAUUAAUCAAAACUUUUUAAUCCCCAUUAGACUGUAGAACCACAACUGUAUAUCUUGAGUGCUCA